UCCCUAAGUCAUUACCCUAUCAAUUAGUAAUUUUGAGAGAUAUCUUGCCUAGCCCAUUUUCCAUGGCCACCCAUAACAAGAACCUUUCUACCACCAUUCUCAUUUUAUCUCUUCUUUUCUUCUCCACAUUUGCUUCCGCUUGUGUUCCAUGUACUCAUACCAAGCCACCACCCAUCAAACCACCACCCAUCAAGCCACCACCCAUUAAGCCACCGCCCAUCAAGCCACCACCGGUGCACCCUUCUUGCCCUAAGGACACACUCAAGCUCGGAACUUGUGUUGAUGCUCUCGGUCUUGUCAAUGUGAUAAUAGGGGGAGACCCUUAUGCCAAAUGUUGUACCUUACUUGACGGGUUGGCUGAUCUUGAAGCUGCUGCCUGCCUUUGCACGGUCAUAAAGGCCAAUGUACUUGGAAUACACUUGGAGGUGCCCGUUGCUCUUAGCUUGCUCGUUAAUGCAUGUGGAAAGAAUCUUCCCCCGGACUACACAUGUGCAUAGGCUGAUAAAACGGUUGAGGAAUGUUACAACAUGAACUUCUUUUAAGUAGAAAUGGUUCAAGCAACGUCUUGUGUGCGGAUUCAAGCAUCGAGUUGUUUAUUUAUGUACUUGUAAGCGGCAAAAACUCAUUUGCCCUUUUUAUUUUCUUUUAUUAUGCUUAUUGUAAGGUUGUUUUCAUGUCCAAGGAAACAAUAUUUCUCAUUAUAUUUCACAAAACAAUUAUCCCCA